ACAAAUGCCAUGGGAAAACUCGUUCUUCUCGUUCUUCUCGUUCUUAUCGUUCUUCGUGUUCUUGUUCUUGUUCGUGCUAGUGGAAACCCUAGCCAUGGCGUUGAGUUCAGCUUGAACAGAAGUUGUUUCCCACAACGGUUUGUGUUUGGGACAGCUUCGUCAGCUUACCAAUAUGAAGGUGCUGCUAAUACAGAUGGUCGAGGGCCGAGUAUUUGGGAUACAUUCACACACAAAUACCCAGGCAAAAUUAAAGAUGGGAGUAGUGGAGAUAUAGCCAAUGAUGCAUACCAUCGCUAUAAGGAAGAUGUUGGGAUUAUGAAGAAGAUGAAUUUAGAUGCUUAUAGAUUUUCAAUUUCUUGGUCUAGAAUCCUCCCAAAAGGAAAGCUUAGCGGAGGAGUAAACCGUAAAGGAAUUCAGUACUACAACAAUCUUAUAAACGAGCUACUAGCUAAAGGAAUCGAGCCAUUUGUUACACUCUUCCAUUGGGAUCUUCCCCAAGCUUUAGAAGACGAAUACGGUGGUUUCUUGAGCCCUCGUAUUGUGGAUGAUUUUAAAGAGUAUGCGGAAGUUUGCUUCAAAGCGUUCGGAGAUCGAGUGAAGCAUUGGAUUAGCUUAAACGAGCCGUGGUCUUAUAGCAUGGGUGGAUAUGCGUUGGGCAUACUUGCCCCAAAUCGAUGCUCGUGGUGGCAGAACUUGAGUUGCAGUGGCGGCGAUGCUGCUACUGAGCCGUAUCGGGUCGCUCACUAUCAAAUUCUUGCUCAUGCUACCGCCGUCGAGCUUUAUCGGGAAAAAUAUCAGAAAUCUCAGAAGGGUUUGAUAGGAAUAACGCUAGUGUCCCACUGGUUUGUUCCAGUUUCAAAUGCAAGAAAACAGCGCAAAGCUGCUUAUAGAGCUCUUGAUUUCAUGCUUGGCUGGUUCAUGAAUCCAUUGACGUUUGGAGAUUAUCCAAAGAGCAUGAAAUCCCUCGUGGGGAAGAGACUCCCAAACUUCACAAAAGAACAAUUCGAGUUAGUGAAAGGGUCGUUCGAUUUUCUUGGAUUUAACUACUACACUACCAAUUACGCCCAAUACACUCCACCCCCCAAUGCUAAUCGUGCAACCUACUUCUCCGAUGCUCGUACCAGUCUCUCAACCAAGCGCAACGGAGUUCCCAUCGGCCCAAUCGCCGCUUCCCCUUGGCUCGCGGUUUACCCUAGAGGCAUUCAUGACCUGCUUCUAUAUAUAAAAGCAAAGUAUAACAAUCCCGUCAUCUACAUUACAGAAAACGGAGUCGACGAGUUUAACAAUAUCACUCUCUCCCUAAAGGAAGCACUUAUAGACAACUUUAGAAUCGAUUACCAUCGAUCUCAUCUCUAUUUCCUACAUAAAGCCAUCGAGGAUGGCUUGAGAGUCGAAGGGUAUUUUGCUUGGUCGUUGUUGGAUAACUUCGAAUGGUCGGAUGGCUAUACGGUCAGAUUUGGCAUCAACUUUGUUGACUAUAAAGAUGGGAUGAAAAGAUACCCUAAAAAGUCAGCUCACUGGUUCGAGACUUUCCUCAAACGCUAGAGCUGCUGACUAUGACUGCUACUCUUUUAGUGAAGAAGAUGAGCCAUUAACGACUGAAAAAGCUUUCCAAUAAUCUCAUUCUUGAA